AUGGUGAUUGAUCCAACACCAGUCCCAACCUCAACCAGCGUCAGCCAUGAGGAGGCGCCGCGUAUGUGCAUCUUUCGAUACACAGGCAGCCAGAUGGCAAGGCGAGGCACAGUCGAGGCACGCGAAAGAAAGCCCAGCCGAGCCAAGCAAGCCUACGCAGCUCCAGAGUUCAUUAGUCCUCAGUGUCUUCCUCUCCUCGUCCCCGGCACUCACAGAUCACACCUCACAGAUCGAUACUCCGUAUCCGUACAGAGCGCGGAUCAACGAGACAUUUGGGGUAUCGUGAUUGACAAAGCCUGGAGGCAUCCGCAGAGCAUGGUCCCGUUAUUAGACGCAGAUCGCAGUCCCGUUCCCAGGUGGUUUGGUAGCCAUUCGACAAUGAUUGUGAGGACACCCCCUGUCAUGACCGUGACUGUAACUGUGACCCCGACCACGACAGAUGGAUGCUCUGCUCCGUCGUCAAUGUUCAAUCCCAUCCUUGAAUAUGAUCCAGCACAGCGUAUCGGGCAGACGUACUACAAGCCUAGCCUGGUCGGUGAUGGUCCGUCGGCGUCCAAGUGCCUUCGUCCGCCUGCCCCCGUCUGA